UAAACUUUUUAAAAGAGAUGACUUUUUUUAAAAUGUUUAAAUUAGGAGAGUGUUGAGCAGAAAGAGAUUGGGUGCGAUGGAUUACAGUUUGGCAGCGUUGAAGCUUCUAUGCUCACAGCUUAAAGAAGCUCGAGAAGUUUCCUCUGGGUCACUUCAAAAUAGUUUCACCCUCGGACCCAUCCUCUUCCAACGCGCUUGGUUACAGGGCGUUCUGGUGUCCUCCGACGGCGGCGGACCUUUUCUUCUUGACGAUGGUACCGGCGUCAUCGAACUCUCACUCUCUGGCGAGUUCCGUCAACGUCAAUUGAAAGUUGGAAUGUAUGUGAUGGUUGUUGGAGGGUACUUCUUACGUGCGGCGGGAGAACCUUCCGUCAUCAAGGUUCACAAGAUUGUUGAUCUUUCAUCAUCCCCGAACCGAGAAGCAAUGUGGUAUCUCGAAGUUAUAGAGGCAUACAAAUUGUUCUAUCAACCUCUUAUGGAUGAAUUUAUGUAAUGGGGUACACUAUUAGACAGAAUGUGUAUUUAAGAUUGACAUCCCCUACUUUGGGUCACUCAAACACAGAAUUGUAUUCACAUGUCCAUUUCUUUAUUCUGUGGGAAAUUCACUAACAAAGUGCAUUGUAAAGUCAUCACAAUUCAUAAAAGUAUUUACUGGUCGAAAAUUAUUCA